UGGCAGAAGUCUGUAUGUGACAGAUCGAGUCAUUCCACAUUUUCUUUGUUACCAUUGAAACACAAGAUGCCAGGCAAGCUAAAAGUCCGUAUCCUGGGGGCACGGAAUUUGCCCGUGAUGGAUCGAGCCUCAGAUCUCACAGAUGCAUUUGUUGAAGUUCGAUUCAGCAACGAGGUGAUGAAGACUGAAGUCUAUCGGAAGUCACUGAACCCACAGUGGGACUCUGAUUGGUUUAAGUUUGAGGUUGACGAUGAAGUGCUGCAGGAUGAGCCCCUGGAACUGAGAGUGCUUGACUACGACACCUACAGCGCCCACGAUGCUAUAGGGAAGGUGUACAUCGACCUGAACCCCCUGCUCACCAGAGAGAGUCCCCAUGUCAUCAAUGGCUGGUUCCCUGUCUAUGACACCAUGCAUGGAAUCCGUGGUGAACUGAAUGUGUUGGUGAAGGUGGAGCUGUUCAGUGACUUCAACAAGUUUAGACAGUCUUCCUGCGGCAUCCAGUUCUUCUGUACAAGUGAAGUCCCUGCUGGUCAAAGAUUACUUGUCAUCCAUGGGUUUGUGGAGGAGCUGGUUGUCAACAAUGAUCCUGAAUAUCAGUGGAUUGACAAACUUCGGACUCCGCGGGCAUCAAAUGAAGCAAGACAGAGACUCUUCUCCAAGCUCUCUGGUGAGCUACAGCGGAAGAUUGGGGUCAAGGUCAUGGAGAUGGGAGGCAAUGCUGUCCUGGGCUACUGCCAUUGUUUUGAUCUGGAAGGGGAGUCCGGCAUUGUAGUCCGGGGUAUUGGCACCGCGGUCACCAUCACAAAGUUCACCGGACAGUUGUCCCCUAUUGGGGUCUCACCUCUCAAGGAUGGCCGUCAUGUAACCUUCAUCGGUGUCAGUCGUCACAAACGACCCGUCUCCAUGACAACCUCACCCCCAGUCUCCCCCCACAAACAAGCCAAGUGCUGGUCCCCACCCCCAACUGCCCCACCCCGCCUUCAUGGGGUCAUGUGUUCACUUUCCCUUCCAGCUCCCCUCCCCCGGGACACAAUUGCCCCCUCCUCCUCCCCGACACCUCACCGCAACUCCACGUCGCCUGUCCGAGUCGCUGUUCCCGUCAUCAACCCCAUCAUCAACCGCCGAUCCUCCGACUCCGAUCUCAGUUCACCACCCCGUGGCAACAGUCUGACAGGAAGUAGUGGCAGUGGUAGUGGAGCUGGGAGCGGAACACGCCUCACACACUCGCGGACAUGUGUUCAGCAACAGAACAUCGACAUGCUGGAAUUCCCGUUCUUCACAAUGAGAUCCCUUCCUGUGGGGUUCAUCAUCCAUCUUGGCGGCGUAGUGUCAGCAAGAUCAGUCAAACUGCUGGACAAGAUACACAACCCUGAGGAACCAGAGACGAGGGACACUUGGUGGACGGAAAUUAGAACAGAAAUACGAUCACAUGCACGUGCCAUGGGCUGCCAUGCCGUCAUUGGAUAUGUGGAACAGACCUCCAUAUGCGAUGAGAUCAUCAUCUUGUCAGCCAGUGGAACCGCAGCGAGAGUCAACCUGAGUGCUGAACCCCCUGCCGCCAUUGCCCGCUCCAACACACCACUGACAUCCUCCCUGGAGCGUUGCCAAGGAGACAAAGACAAGAAGCUGUUUGUGGACAUCAACCUUGCCAACCAGCUGGCCCAGAACAGGCUGUCCCCAUGUGUUGAUGGGGGAGAGGAUGCCCUGUCUACCCACAACUGUGGUGUGUGCCACAUUCCCUACAAGAGCACCACCCUCCCCUUCAGCGUCACCCUCUCCCCGUGUGUGCUGUGCAGACGGAAAAAGGUUCCCGACAUUUUGUUCACAACAAUUGACCCCCCACCAGAGAUCCUCACAUGGGGCAAGGGGAGCCUGGUCCAAGCAAGAAUAUGCAGAGUCCGAACAAAGACAAAAGGAGAAACAAGUGCCAAAGAAGUCAGCGAUUGUCUACCAUUCAUGGAAUAUGAACUUCAUAGUCAGUUAAUGAAUAAGUUAAAGAUGAAGGGCAUGAACGGCCUGUUUGGUCUGAAGAUAGAGGUGUGUGUUGGGGACACCAUGAUAGUGGCUGUGGGGACUGCCACUGCCACCUACCUGGGCCCCUUGCCUCCUCCCCCAAUACCUAAGGUAUCUAAUCAGACGUCAAUGAAGGGUGAGAGCGCAACCUUCAUGGAGCUGCAGAAGAAGAUCAUGGACACGAUGCAGGGAAACAGAGAGCGAUUCUGUCUGGAUAUCAUGGACAACCAGGGUCAGCCAAGUCCACGCAGCAUGGCCACCGAUGAGAGUGAAGAUGACCAGUCAGAUCUGGAACUGUCCAUUGGCAACAAGGAAACAUUCGUGCUUGAGAUUGAUGAUGUGAAGGAUGAGAUGAUUGCUGCCAUGUUACAUGACAUCCCUCCACCAGAUGGCAUCGAGACGUGCAACACCCUCAUUCCUCCCAGCGUCACCCGGGACAACAUCAACACAAACCUGCAGAUGUUUACUCAAGUAUGGCGGGGAAGACUUGCACCUCAGUCCAAAGCGGACUUUGCCAACAUGUUUGAAAGUUUACUUAGGAAAGUCUACUUCAAGCUGCGGAAGCUGGUUCCGCUGUGUCUGGCAGGGCUGGACUUCAACGUGGAGAUCCCGGAUGAAGAUGAAAUACAGAUAUCAGUGACCGGUUGCUGUCUUGGCGUCAAUGACAUCCGACAGACUGCCAGCACAGGGCACCUCAGCCUGCCCCAGUCUGCCACCAAGACUCCCCAGAAGUCAGCAGUAGGAACAGGCGAGGGAGAAGACAUGAUGUUCCCAAUGGAUUUUACAGAGACAAGUACCCCGGCAGGGAAAGUUAUGAAGUCACUGAAGGUAGACACUAGCAAGAAGGAGUUCCAGUUCAAACCAACACCUCCUAUGAGGCAUCCUAAUGGUGUAGAGUUAUCUCCCCUUCCUAUAGUGGCUGGUGGCAAGGUCGAGAAGUAUCUGGGCAACUACAAUUUCUUCUUCAUCAGAGAAAGUACAUCAGUCAGAGAGGAUGGUGGGCUGGGAGGCUUUGUGCAGACAGCUGUGGCUGAAGUGAUGGCGAUAGUCCGUGCCCAUGUUGCUCUGGGAGGAAAUGCACUGGUGGCGUACAGGAUGACGCACUGUGUGCUGUACAGCAACCCUCACAAGAACCAGAGUCAGUGUCUGAUCAGUGUCUGCGGGGAUGCAGUCAGCGCCAGCUAUGGCACCGACAACUCCGUGACGAUUAUACCAGACCACAUACAGCAGAGAGACCAACCCAAAGUAGUCAAUUCAACAUGACAGACCCAGAAAUGGGUUCCUAGCAAAUCCUCAGUCAGGAACAAAAGACCAGUAAUCAAGUUCACAUACUGAACCAUGUUGAAAUUUAGAAUUGGUCUCUGACAGCCUGAUUAAUACACAGUCAAAUGGAGCAGACGGUCAGCGUGGCACUGAUUUGUUCGGUCCAGACACAAUUAUUUCCAGGUUAAUGCAUCUAUAUGGAAUAGUGUUGAGUGUGGCAUUACACAACAAAUUAACAAAACAUGUUGGAGCUAGUCUUCCGAUGUAUUUCCUGAAUAUUGCUUACCCUGUGCUGGCUCAGAGGGAGACGUUAUUUCCAGUAAAACGCGAAGACAUUCAAGAUAACAUGACCAUCUUCGACCAUCAAGAACCAGUGUGAUCUGAGAUAGAUCUUCUCAACCAUUUCCUACUGAUUUGUACCUUGUUGUAGUUGAUCAGCGUCAUCAGAGACUCCAAUAUAUUUGUCCACUGCAUUCUGUAAUGGAGAAAUCAUGACAAUCUGUUGAUUCCUGAAGUAGAAUCAAUAAACCCCAAGAGAUUGUCCAACCUCAA